AUGGCCACGGAUCCGAAGGCGAAGUGGUUCUCCGCAAGGAUUGCCGAGGGCUUUUCGCUCGAGAGUGAGCUAGCCCAGGACCUUAUUGAGAAGGCGGACUGCACAAAGCUCUUCAUUGAGUUUUUCAGUGCGACGGGACCCCAGAAGGCGCUUUUCUUCUACGAUGGCGAACGUUUGCGCUAUAGCACUGACGACACGACUGUUUACCCUGGUAGAAUUCUUUUCUUUGUUCGCCCGGUCAAGCGGAACGUCCAGAUUGCCAAUGCUGAAACUGAGUUCACAUGGGCCUCGACAACUGCUGAUGCCCUCCCGUCCCUUCAGACACUUCUUUCCGAUGUGUACAUUCCGCUCUUCGAGCGCAGUCCUACUUGGGGGAAGGUCACCAACCGCGCGAUCAUCGACGGAUACUUGACGAACAUCCGCAAAUAUGUCUCGACAUUGAAGGAGGCACAGAUCGUUCUCAGUGAGCGCUUCGAUUUUAAAAUUCCGAAUGACCCCGUGCUCAAUAAAAUCCCCGUUGACCCAUAUCUGAUUCAAAAGACCAUCGCGGAUAAUCCGGACCUUAUUUUGACAGCAGAGCGUGCGCUUGCAGAGGUCUCUAACCAGGUCGAGCUCUUUCUGGCAGAGUCCACCCGUGUUCGUGUUGACGACGACUCAUCCGGCCCGGAGUCUGAAAUUGUGUACUGGCGCGCUCGCAUGGCAAGUUUUAGUGCGGUACAUCAGCGUGUCCACUCCAUUUCCUGGCUCCAGAGCUGUGUUACUCUCCUCCAGAACACGCAGUCACCCGUUAUGCAGCGCUGGGUGCGCAUUAAACAGCGUGUCCUUGAGGGUGUUACAGAAGCAAAGGACAACUUGCGCUAUCUCUACACCAUAGAGGAGAUCCUCGAGCCCAUCUAUAACGCCGAGCCUGCGAAGAUUGCAGAAACGGUUCCGCACCUGAUGGCAACCGUCAAGAUUGUGCACCAGAUGGCGCGCUACUAUUCGACGACUGAGAAUAUGACUACGCUUUUAGUGAAGAUAUCGAAUCAAAUGAUCAGAGCGUGCAGGGAGUACCUCAGAACAGACUCUACCUCGCUUCUUAUUCCACGCCCAGGAAUGGAGAUCGCGCAACCGGCGACCGCCGCUGGUGAUGCACAGGGCGAUGAUGAUGAUCCUGCGGUGGAGGUCAUAGCCUCGCUCAACAAGAAGCGUCCAUCAUCUGAUUCUCUUGAGAAUGCUCCGACUAUUUACGACCGGCAGCCCGAAGACAUUCUAAAACGGAUCGACGAGUGCAUUCAGCUUUGUGUGCGUUAUCAGCAAGAGUACCAUAACAUUCGGAGGCAGAUGCAGCAAGAAAAUUGUGAAAAGCAGUUUAACUUCGCAGAAAGUGGAAUCUUUGGUAACUUUGACCUUUUCUGUACGCGCCUAAAGAAGAUUGCUGACAUCAUCAUAACCAACGAGAACUUCUCCUCCCUUCAGCAGUCCACUCUCCAGAACCUGCACCCGAUCCUGGACCAGUCCGAAAAGUUGAUUCUCAGUCUUCGCAAGAAGAACUAUGACCCAAUCAAUCACCGUCUGACGCAGUUCGACACAGAUCAUACCGAGUAUAUGCAAGGAAUUUCAAAGCUGGAGGAUUCCAUUUCGUCGUACGUAAAUGCAAUCUGCGACGAUGAAAACAAUACGGUGAACGACAUCAUCAGCCUCUUGCAGCAACUCCACGUCAUCUUGAACCGUCCGACAAUGAAGACUCUGAUUAUGGACAAGUACGAGUUUUUGCUAAACAAGUAUAUUGACGAGAUCAACAGGGUCAAGACUUACUUUGAUGAGAACAAGGACAAUCCAAAAAUCCCCAUCGGCUGGUCCCCAACCGCAGGCCGCCUGGCGUGGGUCCGCCUGAUAAUGCGCCGCCUGACUACUGUCUAUGAAUUCUUCCGAAGAGUUCAGAUUCAUGUCGAGGAUGAGAAUGAUCCCGCCAUUCAAAGGAGCGCGUCCUUCGAGAAUCUUCUCCAAGCUACAACGCACGUCGACGAAUACCUUCCACUUCUGUCUUUCUACAAGGCAGGUAGACGUGCGUAUAAGAUGUACAUGAAGCUUGUGAAGCAGCUCUUCGACUACGAGACGACCUACCACGACAUGUGGGUUGAAAGCAUUACAGGUCUCCGUGCGUCCCUGCAGGCCACUCUCUUGGUCGAGCACCCUCAGACUGGUAAGCUGUACGUCAACUUCGACCGGAAAAUAGUCCUUCUUUGCAGGGAGGUUCACUAUCUGCGCCAGCUUCGCAUUGAGAUUCCGGAAACGGCGCUGGCUAUCACCAUGCACGAGAAGAGCCUCCUGCACUAUCGCGAUAGUCUGCAAGAUUUGCUUGAGGCAAUCGAAAACAUCAAGCAGUCCAUCAAUCCCGCUGUUGCAGAACUCGUCAAGCCGUUAAUUUCAAAACUUAACAAAAAAGUACAGCCUGGGCUAAAGACUCUUUGUUGGACCUCCAUGAGCAUUGGAGGUUACUUGGACAACAUCCAGAAACAAGUGACCACCGUGAAAGAGGUCCUCAAGAUUGUCGAUGACAUCAUCUCGCUGCGGAUCGCAACGAAUCUUAAGGCGAUUUCAACCACUUGCCUGCUUCCGCUAUUCAAACGAUACGCGUUUGGGGAUCCCCACAAUGACCCGUCUCAAGGUGGGACAGUGACUGUUAAUAACGUCCCUGGGUCUACCCCGGACGAUGAUAACGAGGAUAAUGCUGCAUACACUAAUCACAAGAUGCGUCUGUACUCCGCGUACCUUGAACAUAACACACAAGCGCUCCCAUACAAACAGUAUUUGGAACAAGUUCGACCGCACAUCCGACAAGCUGCAGAAUCGAUCUACAGCCGUUCCCAGUUAAUCGCAAUCGCAGUCAUCGAUGUAAUCAUCGCCAUCACUUCUCGGUAUAUUAGCUCCAGCGACUCUGAGAACGCAACAAUGCUCUCGGAGAUAGUCACGUCUGCUAUUCACGGAUGCUUCAUGCCCCAUGAUGACAUUACGGGCAAUUUUGCCUCCUACACCUCUCGCAGAAUUCAGCAGAGUGACUCGAUUGUCGGUACGACGAUGGCCGAAAGUGGGGAGCAGGUCGGGACUCUGGAAGGGAGCAAGGAUGAUAUUCAGCGGAGCAAUCGGCCAGCCAGCGGAGCAGAUGCUGCGGCGGUCAUUAAAAGUGCAAUCAAGACGUUUGUUGAUAAGUUCCAUGACAACACAAUAACGGCGGUCUUCUUGUGCACUGAACGAACCCUGCGUGCUAUAUACCAACGUGUGACCAUGUACCUCGACCCUCAUCUGUCCCCAAAGAUGGAUAAGCUUCAGAGCUACUACGUCCCCGAUGCAAUGAUUCUCUGCGAUUUUGAGCUUGCACUACCUUCCACGCGUCUCUCACCGUCGUGGGAUGACCUUCGGAAAGGGUAUAUCGAUACUAUCUCGCUUGUCUUGCAAGUGUCGAAGCGCCUGCCGAAGUGGAAUGCAGGCGGCGAUUAUAUGGCGAAUGUUCUUACGACUAUCCGGCCCAUUAUCAGCCGCCAAGAUCCAGAUUUUGUGGCCGCACAGUUAACACAAACGCUCACCGCUAACGCAGCGACGUUUGCCGAGACUCGUUCCUUUACCAGCGCCGAGACUGCAAAGUCUGCCAAAGCAGCAUUUGAGCGCUCUUCACGGUCUACCAGCCGUGCUGGCACCGGGAGUCGUAAUGGCGAUAAGAAGCCCGGAAACAUUAGUGCACGCAUGACAACGCUUAGCUCCUCUGAUGGGAAGCUUAUUUAUGACAGAGCGGAGUUUCUUCCCCCGGCAGAGUCCUUUUAUAGUAUGGUUGGCAAAUCUCGAACGCUUCUUAAGCUCCUUGUGGCUCUUCAGGGCGCCUUUGGGAUGAUAAUUAAAAAGACCAAUGCAUAUCUUUCUGUCUUUGACACGUUCCAGAGUCUUUGGUUGGACGACAAAAACGAGACGUACAAGAAGUUCAUCGAUAAGCGCCCUGAGCUCUCCGACUUUCUUUCGGAGAUCGUCCGCUUUGAGAAUACUAUCCACAACAUAAGCUUGAUUCCAACGAUGGUCCAGCAAGGGAUAUGUGUUUUCUCAACCGAGGCGCUUAAAAACUCUCUCCAGUCGGAGGCGGCUGUCUGGAAAGGACUUUUUUCGUCAAACCUCAACAAGCGCGCCCGACUUGAACUUUCCACCAUGAGAAACUACAUAACUGAGCUUCAGACUACAAUUAGCAAGAAAAUCAACGACCUUGAUGACGUCCGGCAGAUCAUGGCUGCUCUGGAGAAGCUACGCGAAUUGCAAGCCGUUUUUGAGCUGAAGAUCCAACCAAUCGAGGAAAUGUACGAGCGCCUGGAAUCACAUGGCAUCAAGAUCACCGCAGAGGAGGCAGAGGAUCUCUCUGGCCUCAGGCACAUGCUUAAGACCCUUCAGACUAUCUCCAGUGAACGCGAGAAUGAGCUGAAGAGGGAAGGACCCAAUCUGAAGAAGGAUCUUGAGGACGGAAUCGCGGAAUUCAAAGUUGAAGUUAAAAAGUUUAAAGAAAACUGGGACACAGAUGGACCGAAUGUUCCUGGCAUCACUCCGCAGCGUGCUGUGCAGCAGCUCAAGCUCUUCCAGACACAAUUCUCGGAUAUAGAGCGGAAGUGGAUUACUUAUCAGUCUGGCGAGGAAACUUUCGGGUUGGAGAUCACGAACUACCCUGAACUCAUCCAGAUCAAGAAGGAUCUCAAGAUGCUCAGUAGCCUCUAUAAUCUUUACACGGAUGUCCUAUCAACCAUAGAUGGGUACAGUGACCAACUGUGGACAGAUCUGAACUUCGAUGACAUCCAGGUUCUCAUGUCCGAUUAUCAGCAGCGGUGUCUCCGUCUUCCAAAGGGCAUGCGUGAGUGGGAGGCGUACAUUGAGCUGCAGGCCAAGAUAGAGGACUUCGGAACACUUCUGCCUCUCUUCCAGUUGAUGUCCCAUCCUGCCGUAAAACAGCGCCACUGGCUGGAGAUCUCGAAGGUGACUGAUAAGCCUUCUCUCCUUCGAGUGAUAGAGGACCCAGACAACUUCCGACUGAAAGAUCUGUUGGAGGCUCCCUUGCUGAAGUAUGCCGAGGAUCUUGAGGACAUAUGCUCUGCAGCCACCAAGGAGACGGAGAUAGAAGAAAAGUUGGGGGUGAUUCGUUCUCAAUGGCAGGAGCAGACAUUCACGUUCCAAGAAUUCAAAACGCGCGGGCUCCUCAACUUGGCUCCGUCUGAAACGUCAGAGCUCAUCGUGAUGCUUGAAGACUCACAGAUGCUUCUUUCUUCGCUCGUGAGCAAUCGGUUUAACAAGCCGUUCAAGGAUGAGCUAUCACAAUGGGUCAAGCGCUUAUCUACGUUGGAUGAGAUCCUAAUCCUUUGGCUCCAGGUCCAACAGAACUGGAUAUAUCUAGAAGCCGUCUUUUCUGGCGGCGAUAUUUCUCGCCAGCUUCCAGCCGAGGCAAAGAGAUUCAGCCAGAUCGAUAAGUCGUGGAUCAAAAUCAUGACAACAGCGGUCACGACCCCGAAUUGUAUCCAUCUUACAUCCGUGGAUGAUACACUGAAAUCCUUGCUUCCGUAUCUUAUUGAGCAGCUGGAGCUGUGCCAAAAGUCCCUCUCCGGGUAUCUCGAACAGAAGCGCAAUCUUUUUGCGCGGUUCUACUUUGUCUCGGAUCCCGUGCUUCUUGAAAUUCUUGGUCAGCAGUCGGACCCGUCGUCCAUCCAGCCGCAUCUACUCAGUAUUUUUGACUCAAUAUACAUGCUUGACUUUGACCGUGUUAAGCGGAGCAAUGUCGUUGCUAUCAAUGAUAGAUCUGGAGAGAAAGUGCAGUUGUCCACCAUUGUCGAGGCCAAGGGCUCAGUGGAGGAUUGGCUCAACGAGCUUAUCAAGGUCAUGCAGCGCUCGCUCAAGGAUAUCAUCCGCAAUGCCGCCGCUGACCUGACAAAACCAGACGUCUCUGUGCAGGAGAUCUUCGAGACCUAUCCCGCACAGGUUACGCUCCUGGCUAUCCAGCUUCUCUGGACCAUGUGGAUUGAGGCGGGGUUGCGCCAGGCACGUCAAGACAAGAAGAUCAUGCAGGUUACACUGAAGAAGGUCAAUAAUCUUCUUCAAACGCUUGUCAGCAUCACGCUCCAGGACCUCAACAAGCGCCAAAGAACGAAUGUGGAGACACUCGUAACCAUCCAUGUGCACCAGCGCGACGUCUCAGAGGAGCUCACAAAUAAUAAAAUCAAGUCGCCAACAGACUUCGAAUGGUUGCGGCAGACGCGCUUCUACUGGAGCACAGACACCGAUAACUGUAAGAUUCAGAUCACGGACAUAGACUUCACUUACCAGAAUGAGUAUCUCGGGGUCAACGAGCGUCUCGUUAUCACGCCCCUGACAGACCGUUGCUAUAUAACCCUUGCUCAGGCCAUCGGAAUGUACCUGGGUGGCGCUCCUGCAGGUCCCGCAGGAACAGGUAAGACCGAGACAGUCAAGGAUCUUGGCAAGACCCUUGGAAUGUAUGUCGUCGUCUUCAACUGCUCUGAUCAGAUGGAUUACAAGGGCCUCGGCAAGAUCUAUCGUGGGAUUGCCCAAACUGGGUCAUUCGGUGACUUUGAUGAGUUCAACCGAAUCGACCUUCCAGUUCUCUCUGUCUCUGCCCAGCAGAUCCAGUGUGUCCUCUCCGCUGUCAAGGAGCGGAAGAAGACGUUUCUCUACACAGAUGGCUGUGUUAUUACCCUCAUCCCCUCUUGCGGUAUUUUCAUCACGAUGAACCCCGGUUACGCCGGGCGUCAAGAACUUCCAGAGAAUCUCAAAGCCUUAUUCCGUAGCGUUGCAAUG